AUGGUACGUGUCACAGAGGAGGUCGCGCUCUCGCCAGAGCAUCUUGCUCUCUACCACGUUUCAGAUCCGCAUCUUGGGCAUCUCCCGAUCCUCAUCUUCCACGGCCCCUCGACGACGGCAAACUACACGCUCAACAGCUCGCGCGUCCAAGUCCACGUCUUCACGCCAGCUGGAUUCUCAUCAUUUCCUCGAUUGACCAUCUCGCCCAACUCAGCAUCGUACAGCGUGGUCAACCACCUACCGCGAGAAUUCCAGGGCGACGAGGUGUAUCGCGGGCUGGCCUUUGGCUUGUUCAAGUACUUUACAGAGUUGCCAGAUGGUGUGAAAACAUAUCUGCGAAAUCUGUACCCUACAAGAGCGCGCGGGCCGGAUAGUGGGCCAGCUCUGUUCGGGGACCAACAUGCCGCCAGUCUCGUCAGCUCCGUCACGAAAUCAGAGAACACGGCCGAAGUCGUCGCCGCCCUAAAUGCAGCACUCCAAACGCAACAUGUGAGCAACGUCGAUCUGGACUUUGUACUUCCGCCAGGGGCGAUAGUGCCACUGCAGCCGGCCGACCUAGAAGAUGUACCAGACGACGAAGACGAUAUUCUGGACCCGACGCUGCGACAAUACGGCGGAUACACACCUCUAGUCAAGGUCUUGGGCGAGCCGGUGUUUCUGCCCACGAGUCGCUUACGACGAGCGCCCUCAAAGCCGACCGCACUGAAUCGAAGUCGAUCGUUCACCAAGGACCAGAGGGCCGAGCUGAGAAUGAAGAUCAGCGAGCUGGUUGACACCGAAGAGCGAUAUGUGCACAAGCUAGGCGAUCUAGUGAGGACUGUUGCCAAAGACUUCAGGGACAGUGCGCGAAACAAGGACCCUGCUAGUCUGAGCCCGUCUGAGGAGGAACUCGAGCGGCUGUUCCCCAAGUCAGCGGAUGCGAUAUUGCAGGUCAACUCGACAUUUAUGAUGGAGCUCAAGAAAAUAAUGGAGGCAACUGAGGAGGACCUCGAGACGACAAUGUACACAGGCGCAGCGACGUUAGGGCCGUCGGCGAGGGCGAAAGACCCGAGCGGUGCGCUGACUAUGGCGAGACUGUUCUUGGAGUGGUUCCCCAAGUUCACGGAGUGCUACCAAGAUUAUAUUCGAGCCAGUCAGCAUUUCCCCCAACUGCUCAAUUCAUUCCUGGAUCAGCAGUCUAGUUUUCGACAAAGAGUGGCACAAAGGGGCGAGCAAGCGAUACGAUCAUUACUUAUCGAGCCGGUCCAACGCCUCCCGCGGUACAGCUUGCUCAUCGACCAGAUUGUAGGGUGCCUGCCGAUGACACACCCUGCUCUUCAGCCCAUGCUGAAAGCGAGAGAUAUCAUCACCAACAUCUGCUCCAUGGACGAACCGCUCUUGGACAAGCCCCAUGUCGCCAGUCGACUUCGAAAUAUGGUUGAAGCGUGGCCCUUGGAUCUUGAGCCGCAGGGUCGUCUCGUGGGAUCUGCCGAUUUCGUGGAAUUGGUGCCUCCUUUUCGGGGAAUGGCGAAUCAAGCAGAGAAGACGGGAAUCUUCCUCUUGUUCUCAGACUGCAUUGUCGUGUUGAAAAAGCUCGGCUGUUCCAUGACGGGAAAAGACCUUAUUCGAGAAGUUGACAAACCUUCGGCUGCUGGACUGCUGAUAUCCAUGACUAAUGCAGCUGGAGGGCCGGGCGAGUACGACUUUGUGUUCACGGGCUGGUACCAUCUUUCUGAUGUCAAGUUCACCGAGUCGACGGACAAUACCUUUGUUUGGAUGACCUCCACGGCCGAUAUGCACGGCGCGCACACUGGCGAUCAUCGCAUCAGCAAAGCCCCAACUUCACGCUGCUUCACUCUGACCGAGCAAUAUGGAGGAAAGGCCUCCAAGUGGCACGAAGACAUUGUUAGAGCUCGUGUUGAGGCACGCUUUUCGGAAAAGGAGCGGGAAGGGCCUUGCUGGACGUUACGAUCUACACGCAUGCCAGAUAGCAACCUUGGCUUGCACGCUGCUGUGUUCCAGGAAGGCGCCGAUCAGCUCAUCGAGGGGAGAAGAGAGCCCGCCCCGAUUCGCGUGGUGGUAGACCAUGAGAAGGGUACUAAGGGUGCGCCCGUGGGGCAUUACGGAGUCGAGGUGGUGGUGGAUGUGAAGAGCAACGAUCUCAGGAGAGUGACACUGUUCACCGCUGGACUCAACGGCAAGCAGUACCAGGACGAUGUCGCGCUAGAAGACUUCUUGCCGACGUUGUCGAGAAGGGUGAUUCAGCUGCUGAGCUCGCAAUUCGGCGUGUCAAAUCCUCGGCUUACGGGGUCGCUAGUGUCGUACUACUCCAAGAUACUGCGAACCCUACCCUUGACAGCGGCGACGACGACGACGCGCACCGAAAGGGCCAGGUCCUUCUUGGCCACGUCACCUGUCAAGAUUUUGUCAAGCUUCUGGGGCGGCACUGGCACUGGUGGUGGUGGUGGUGGCAACUCGGGCAAUAGUACCCCUGAUACCUCAUUUGACUCGAAGCACCAGAAGACGCCAUCGUUACAACGGCACCACAGCCAACACCAUUUCUUGGGCACUCUCAGCUCCAUGCGAGGCAAAGAUGACCGCAUUGCGACGGAGGAGAUUCGACCGCAGAACCCCCUUGUGCGCCUGGAGCAGACCUUUAUAGGAUACGUUGCAGGUUUGCAGGCGCGUAGGGGCGCUAUCAUAGGGCGGACAUUGUUGAAUCGGACCCUGACGGACGAGUUGGCGGUCAACGACCUCUACAACAAGCUCAUUGAGAACCCCUACGACCUUGACCUUCCCUCUGAGGCAAGCACAGAGGUCAUCUUCUCGGCGUUUGAGAAAUUCCUCCAUAUUGCUUGGUCAGAGCAGAUGGGCCCCGUCAUGUCGAUGCAGGCGUUGGACACGCUCCAAGACCGCGUCAACAAGCGAGUACCAGGUGAUUUUGCGGACUUUGUCAAUUACUUAUUCGGCGAUAUGGCGCCGCAGAAUCGCCGAGCUUUCACAUCGCUGAUCAAGCUGCUGGCUGAUCUUCUGGACGGAUGUGGAAACGACAGUGACCGGGGCGCGCUGACGCUUGCGUUCGCUGAGUUGCUGGUGACGGAUGGCACGGCGCCUAAUUAUAUCAACCUGCUGGACAGGUUGGUGGAGGAUUGUGAUCGCAUCUUCGAGGAGCCGGGGCUGAACCACAGCUUCAACCUUGGCAACGAUGCCUAUGCCUCCAUUAAUUCCGCUAUCCGUGGCGGCAAGUCGUACACACCAUCUCUGACGUCCAACACCUCAUCACUGCGGCGCAAAUUUGGAUUUGACACUUUGCUCCGGACCAACAGCAGCAAAGACGAGAAACCAUCUGUGUGGCGGACGUUGAGCAAACACCGAAACCCAGCUACGGGCGAGGCUCCGGCAUUUCACAAACCAUCUCUGGGACGUACGGGAUCAGUCGAUGACGGCUCUUUGACGAAGAAGAUGUUUCGACGACCAGGGUCCAGGGAUCGACCACCUAUCGCGGGCGCGUUCGAUGAUGGCUCGCGGCCGACGAGCUCCCAUCGGAUGGAUUUUCCGUUAGACACCAUUGGUGAGCCUGACAAUGAAGCUUCCGAGCGCAAGACGCCCCGUCGAAAACGACGUAGUUCGUUGUCGGACCUCAAGGGCCUCAUGGCUGCAGCUUCACUCGUCGAUGACUCCGAACCUCUGCAGCCCCUGAACGUCAUCAGCACCCCUAAUAACACGGGUCCCAAGCCGUCGACGCCGUCUAGAAUACCCGUCAGCCCAGGCCCGCAGACUCUACUCCGCACCCCGCGUUAUCAAAAAGAGAAUGACCCCUUUGACACCCAGACGAAACCCACUUCACCCACGAGGCCCGCCGUGUCGCCGGUCAAGCGGCCGCACGCUAAGACACUAUCCACCUCCAACAUUCCAACACUGAGACCCUCCCGCCCGGGUGACGCCCGCCCGCGUACAUCAGGGGCCGACUCCCCGUCCAAGUCGCCCACGCGCAGCGCAAAACUGAAGCUCCAAUCUCCCCAAAAGCUUCGCGAGCGACUACAGACGGAGAAGACUGCCGUCGAAGAGGUCGACGCUUCGUUGAAGAGUGAACUAUCCAAGAUUGGCGAGGAGAUGGCGCGUGUCAGCGCAGGGGCGGAUUCGCCCGACAUCCGACGGCUGGCUGAGUCGAUCAAGGCACUCGAAGAACGCAUACCCGUCGCUAUACAGGGUAUUUCCAGCAAGCAGUCCGCCAUUCAGCGCGACGUCGACUCGAAUGUCAAAUCGGCCGAAUCGAAGAUCAAGGCAAUCGACCAACUGUACAAGGAAUCCGUGGCGGAGAACGAGCUACUCUAUGAGAAGUUCAAUGGCGAGCUGGGCAAGAUCGUUAGAGCCCUCAAGGGCAAGGGGAAGGAGGACAAGGAGGCCCUCGUGGAAAAGCUGCGAGAGCAAGGCGAGGAAAUGGCGCGCAUGAAGAAGGACCAUGCCCGACUGAAGCGGGAGAUUGUCAGCCUCAAGGCGGCGUUGAAGGGGACGGAGUAG